AUGUCUACCUGGGCUCUUGAUCUAACGGGCUUUGUACGAAACAUCAACGAUAGAGAUAUCCAGAUCGAAGAACAGCUCACAGAGACCACCGUCAACGAAUUUGCACAGCGUCAUGUCUUGAGCCUCGUCCGCUGCCUUGAUGCAAAUGAGCCGAUAGUGCUCGAAGUUUGCUACGAUCUCAACGCCAAGGACUUUGGGAUUGAAGACCCUGACGACAGAGAGAUUCCCAUAUACCAGGCAUAUGCGACAGGAGGGGGAACCUUGUAUGAGCAGCAUCCCAACUUUCUGCGGUAUGACAUUGAGAAUGACAAGCUGCUCAAUUAUCUGGUCGACUUCAUGUUCUUCAAUGUGCUGGGCCCUGGCGAGGACUAUAUUAUUACAGAGGAUUAUAUCUAUGUUCUUUCCUUCAACAUCUGGCCUGAGGAUCUACAUGAAACCUCUGAGCUGUGGAUGGAACGUUCUGCUGAGAUGUGGUGA